GAACUUUUCAAUCCCAGGGAAAAGUUGGCCAAAAUCUAAAAUCCAGUACAGGCUACUCUGUCAUCUUUGAAGAUGCUAGAUGUGGGAAAGUGGCCAAUUUUUUCCCUUUGUUCUGAGGAAGAACUGCAGUUAAUUCGUCAAGCUUGUGUCUUUGGCAGUGCUGGCAAUGAAGUUUUAUAUACCACAGUGAACGAUGAGAUUUUUGUGCUUGGCACAAACUCCUGCGGCUGUCUGGGAUUAGGUGAUGUCCAGAGCACCAUUGAACCUCGGAGACUGGAUUCUUUAAGUGGCAAAAAAAUAGCCUGCCUCAGCUAUGGAAGUGGCCCACAUAUUGUCCUUGCCACAACAGAAGGAGAGGUCUUUACCUGGGGACAUAAUGCUUAUAGCCAGCUAGGCAAUGGGACAACUAAUCAUGGUUUAGUGCCCUGUCACAUCUCUACUAAUUUGUCAAACAAACAAGUCAUUGAAGUUGCCUGUGGAUCAUACCAUUCUCUGGUGCUAACAUCUGAUGGAGAGGUAUUUGCCUGGGGUUAUAAUAAUUCUGGGCAGGUAGGAUCUGGCUCAACAGCAAAUCAGCCUAUCCCUCGAAGAGUGACUGGCUGCUUACAGAAUAAAGUAGUUGUGAACAUAGCAUGUGGACAGAUGUGCUCAAUGGCAGUAGUGGAUUCUGGGGAGGUCUAUGUCUGGGGUUACAAUGGAAAUGGGCAGCUUGGUCUUGGCAGUAGUGGCAACCAGCCCACCCCCUGUAGAAUAGCAGCUUUGCAAGGCAUUCGUGUCCAACGGGUUGCCUGUGGCUAUGCACACACAUUAGUAUUAACAGAUGAAGGACAAGUGUAUGCUUGGGGCGCAAAUUCUUAUGGCCAGUUGGGCACUGGCCAUAAAAGUAACCAGUCCUACCCUACCCCUGUCAGUGUGGAAAAGGACAGAAUUAUCGAGGUUGCAGCCUGUCACUCUGCCCACACCUCUGCUGCCAAGACCCAAGGCGGGAACGUGUACAUGUGGGGCCAGUGUCGCGGCCAGUCAGUCACUCUGCCUCACCUCACUCACUUCUCCUGCACAGAUGAUGUCUUUGCCUGCUUUGCCAUGCCUGCUGUCACGUGGCGCCUUCUCUCCGUGGAACCAGAUGACCACCUCACAGUGGCUGAGUCACUAAAAAGGGAAUUUGAUAAUCCUAACACUGCAGACCUGAAAUUUUUAGUGGAUGGAAAGUAUAUAUAUGCACAUAAAGUCCUUCUCAAAAUUAGGUGUGAGCAUUUUCGUUCUUCGUUGGAAGACAAUGAGGAUGAAAUAGUAGAAAUGAGUGAAUUUUCAUACCCUGUUUACCGAGCCUUCCUGGAAUACCUGUACACUGACAGCAUCAGCCUCUCUCCUGAGGAGGCUGUAGGAUUGCUAGAUUUGGCUACAUUUUAUAGAGAAAAUCGUUUGAAAAAGCUCUGCCAACAAACCAUUAAGCAAGGAAUCUGUGAGGAGAAUGCCAUUGCUCUGCUGUCUGCGGCUGUGAAAUAUGAUGCUCAGGAUUUAGAAGAUUUCUGCUUCAGAUUUUGCAUAAACCAUUUGACUGUAGUAACACAAACUUCAGGCUUUGCAGAAAUGGACCACGACCUUCUGAAGAACUUUAUCAGUAAAGCAAGCCGAGUUGGAGCUUUUAAAAAUUGA